AUGACGGACAAGGCCAACUUCAAAGGUUACAAAUGGGAGGGGAUAUCACCCUUCUAUCGCUCCGAGGAGACGCAUGCUUUCCAUGACAGCAUCAAUUGGAAUGCUCUUUGCCAAUAUGCCUCAAAGCUUAACAAAAACGAGCCUUGCACAAUGGAUCCACAGACUACGAUGGGAGGGCGCAAUCUGGUUCGCAUUAUCAACUUUGAGAACGGCACGCGGUGGAUUGCAAGACUUCGAAUAACAUCAAGCGAUGCUAUAGCAAAUGGUGCUUCUGCUCUUGCUCUUCAAGAAGAGGUCAACUGCAUACAGCUGGUGAAAGAGCGAACAAGCAUACCUGUGCCAACAGUAUUCGGCUCUAUCGCCAACCCUCAAAAUGAUAUUGGAGCAUCUUUCAUGCUGAUAGAAUGCCUGCUUGGCAACACUGCGAUAAGUCUUGAAUGUGAAGAACCAAUGACCUCACAACAGAGGACAGCGUUCUAUGCUGAGAUGGCUAGGAUCCAGACAGAAAUGUCUUCCCUGACAUUCCCCAAGAUUGGGACCAUUAUUCGGCUCCACAGUGGAACUUACGACAUAGGUCCUCUCCCAGGGCUUGGUGGGCCCUUCGAUACCGCCACAGAGUACCUGGAGGCUUGGGCAGAGUCAGCGAAAUUCCCCCAUCUGGAAGACGUAAGAGUAUCGUGCAAUGCGGCAGCGGGAGGGAAGAUAGUAGACAACAAAGAAGUUGAAGAGAAGAUCAGCAAGCUCGAAGCUUCAAUCCUCACCUUCCCCUCUAGACUGAAGAAACUCGCCGCGAAUAUACCCCUUCGAAAUGACGGCCCGUUCCCGCUUAUCCAUUCAGACUUUGCUUCAUGGAAUGUUCUCGUGGAUGACGACUACAACGUUGUUGGGGUCAUUGACUGGGAAUACUCUCAUACCGGGCCCUGGGAAAUGGUGCAUUUUGCCAUGGGAUUCAUGCCUACACCAGCACCGAUGUCUCCAUCCGAAUGGUACGAUAGUGCUGGCAUGCCUCUAAAGAAGAACCUAAAGAAGACCUUCAAAGAGAUGGAUGAGUACGUGGAUGUGGUCAGACAGGUCGAACAGGCUAAAGCACUAUCGCCCACGCUGUCCGCAGUGUUGAGCGAUCGUGCGGGACAAGAUCUGGCGUACGCGAUGAGACUCUACACAAUCGAUGGCAAGCGUGGUUACUACUCUAAGAUUCUAGAUGUGCACCAUGAGAGAUGGGGUGGAGGCAACAAAGACUCGGAGGCAGCGUAG